CUUCUACUAGUGCUACUCAGACAGUGGUACUUAAUAUAUCGACGUAAAAUCUUUUACUAAUUAGAGGAAACUUAUACAUUCUAUUGAUUACAAUCUAUUUAUUUAUUAAAAAUUAUUGGGUUUCAAUCGAUUCGUAUGCCUUCAUCGUCUGAAGAAUUGGGAAAGAAUUGAACUUCAAAUCGUUAGUGGACCUUAUAGAUUAAUCUUUAAUUUCUUUGAUUUUCAAUAAGUUUACUAGAUUGCAUACGAAAAACGCAAUAUGAAUCUAAACUUGUCUGCUCAAUCGUAUUUCAAGCGAAUGUUUCAAGAGGUCUCUGAUUUAAAGGUCCUUUUACUAGAGAAAGAAACUACUAAGAUUGUUUCUUCCAGUAUCACUCAGUCAAACCUCUUAGAGCAGCAAAUAUAUCUGACUGUCCUUAUUGAAAACCAAAGAGAAAAGCUUAGACACUUGAAAUGCAUUGCUUUUCUGAGACCAACCUCUCAAACUCUUCGUUUUUUAUGCGAAGAGUUACGCGAUCCAAGAUAUUCAGAAUACCAUCUAUACUUCACCAACAUCUUGUCCAAAAGUUUUCUGGAGCGACUGGCUGAGUCUGAUGAUUUCGAGGUGGUGAAAACUGUUCAGGAAAUAUUCCUGGACUAUUUGGUAGUAAAUAAUGAUCUUGCAUCUUUAAAUGUCCCUCACGUGAUAGACAAUACGCCGGAUUCAUGGUUGGAUUCUGCCUUAGAACGUACACAGCAGGGCUUGGUUUCACUUUUAUUGUCUUUAAAAAAAAAACCUCUAAUUCGGUACGAUGUGAAUAGUUUUAUCAGCUUAAAGCUUGCUGAAGAAGUUAGCUAUGUUAUGCAAAAUGAAGGACAGCUUUUUAAUUUUCGAAAGUCUGAUACUCCCUCCAUUCUACUUAUAUUGGACAGAAAGAAUGAUCCAAUAACACCUCUAUUAACGCAGUGGACGUAUCAAGCCAUGGUUCACGAGCUUUUUGGGAUAAACAACGGACGCGUCAGUUUUCACAAUGCUAGCUUGCCGGGUGAGACAACUGAAAUUGUCUUAAAUCCGGCUCUUGACCCUUUUUACAAUGAAGCACGCUUUGAUAAUUUUGGUGAGCUUGGCGUUAAAAUUAAAGAUUAUGUUUCUCAAUUGCAGACAAAAUCCACGAAGAAGGCUAAUGACAUUGAAAGUAUCGCUGAUAUGAAACAGUUUUUAGAAACUUAUCCUGAAUACAGAAGGCUUUCCGGAAACGUAAACAAGCAUGUGUCUUUAGUCAGCGAAAUUUCCUUGAAAGUUCAACAGGAGAAUCUAUUGGAGAUAGGUGAAGUAGAGCAAUCAAUGGUUUGCAAUGAACCUCAAGCUACUGACUUUUCUUAUGUUCAAAGACUUGUAUCUUCUAAUAUUUCGGAAAAUACAAAACUUCGUUUGGCUACUCUGUAUGCGUUACGUUUCGAGAAAAUUGAUCCUGCGAAAGUAGCUUCUCUUCAAGGAUUGCUAUUAGCAAAUGGUGUGAGUCCCGCUAAAGCUUCUAUAAUUCCAACUUUAUUACACUUCUCAGGAGUCGCUGCUCGGCAAGGUGACAUUUUUCCGCCUACAAACAUAUUUUCAAGGGCUCGUAGUGGAUUUAAAGGGCUUCGUGGUGUAGAGAAUGUCUAUAUUCAACAUAGUCCCUUCCUCAAAUCCAUCGUACAAGAUUUACUACAGGGGAAACUUAAAGAAAGUACCCAUCCUUACUAUAAUAUUGACGCUACGACUGAAAAUGUUCAUGAGAAACCUCAGGAUAUUAUCAUAAUGAUGGUUGGUGGGGCUACAUAUGAAGAAGCCCGCUUUAUUUCAGAAAUCAAUGCUACGCACCCUGGAAUUCGAAUAGUUCUAGCCGGAACGACGAUUCAUAAUUCUUCUUCCUACAUUGAUGAUAUUAUGUACAUGGCUUCGAGAAUUAAAUAAACCUCCUUUAAUGUCCUUUUUUUAUAUGCAGUUAUGAUUCUUGCCAUUUUGCAAAGCGCGACCAAUUAUCAACGAACUUGUAAAACAAAGAUCUUGUUGGCGCGUUCAUUGAUGUGGAAGCCAUAUGCUUUUCGUAUGUGGACAAGUUGCCAUAAACCGAAUAAAAUGCCUCUGUAAGACGUUCUUUAGUGUCUAAAUCAAUUGUAUAAACAACUUGAAGAGAGAGAAAUUCAAUCAAAAGAAAGACAAAAUGUUUUGUUGAUGCUUUAAUAAACUGUCUUUCACUGUCUGUCAACGUAGACGCUUUUUUAUUUGAGUCAUGCAUUAAGUUUGGAUUCAUCCAAGUAUUUAACAGUCUUGAAAAUGCUAUUACGUUAUAAUCAGAGAUAGACAUCGAUGGAUUGAACCAUUUCGGUGUAUCCAUUAAAGCAUCAGUUUUGGAAGAGGUACUUGUAGUUUUCCUAAACAUGCAAUGCAAAAUUUUUUUCAAAAUCCCAAAAAGUACAUGGAAGCGCCCAGUCAUAUAAGAACGAUGGUUGUAUAGCAUCCCUCUUAAAAUGGAAAUAAUCCUAGAAACAACCAAAUUUUCAUCAUAUGAAAAGUUAAUUGAUUUCUGCGAACUCAAAAUUGAGGACACACUUGAUAAGAUAAAAUUAAAGGAAUCGACGUUGCAUACCUUGGAGGUUUUGUUUGCGAAUACAUCCAACACAUCUAAUAUAGAUAUGACUGUGAACGCAUCGAUUUCAUGGCUUUGUACAAGUAAUCCAGCACAAAAGCAUAGGACCAAACUAGUCAGACCUUUGUUGACUUCAAAGAUAUCGGAGCACUUAGCUAUUAAAGUAAUAACUUUCAACAGGAUUGAAUGAUCUAAGGCGUCGUGGGUAUGUAAGAUGGUUGACAAAACUUCAGUAACAACACUGGAGCAGCCUUCCAAAGUCAACUUAGAUAUAGCUCUUUCAAUAUCCGUACCUCUCAAGGUAAAUUCGUGAAGUAACCUUCGAUAAAAAACUAAUUGUGCAAUUAAUUUUAAGAAGUCUAGUCUAUCGUUAACCAACAACGAUUGAUAUGAUAUCCAAGCCUCUAAAAACGACAGAUCAAAAUUAGCAGCAGCCAACGAAGAAGCUGUAGACUCAACAUUAGCUCUAACUCUGUAAUAUAAGUUUCGUUCAGAUUCCAUUGGUUGAAAUGCACGAAGAAAGGCAUUGCAACAUUCCAAUAAUUUAGUCAGUAUUAAUAUUUGUGAAACAUCGAAUUUAUCUAGAAUACACGAUAUUUUAUUCAAGAUUAUUCCUGA